CGAUCUCUCGCUUUUCUGAUCUUUUCUCCUCCCCUUCGCAAACCCGCCCCCCUACCCCGCCCGUGGUCUUCCGCCAGGCGCCGGCCGCCGCUCCUCGCCAUUGGCUGCCGCCAUGGACGCCGCAGGGUACCCGCCCAUGCAGGGGAGCGGGUCCGCCUCCGCGUCAUGCCGCGCCGCCGACUACUCCGCCGCGUGGGACGCCGCACAGCAGCAGAAGCGCCAGCGCUGCCAGGAUUCUUCUUCUAGCGAUCAAGUUGGAUCGAGCACAGAGAAUAAAUCUCUUGAAGCAUCCGGAGCUGAGCUAAAAUUCGAGUAUGGAAAAAAUGAGGAAGAAGAUUACUAUUUUGAAGAUGACGAUUAUGGCUGCUAUGAUGAGGACGAUGAGGAUGGGUCUGAAUAUGAGCUUGACCCAACUGACUAUAAUCAACUGCUCGCUGAUAAAUUUGAUCAUUUAGAUCUGCCUCCAGGUGUGGAGGCUACAGUACCAUGGUUGCAGAAAGUUGAAAGGGAUGUGCCUGGCAAAUUUAAGUCAAUGUCAGAAAUAGAGGAGGAAAUUGCCAAGAAGUAUAACUUUUUCAAACAGUUUGAUACUGUUGAGGAUUUCUCAGAUCAUCAUUAUGCUAAAACUUCUGUCGGAAAGGCUAGGAAAGAAUGGGCGAAAAGAAUCCAGCAUGAAUGGAGUCUCCUGGAGAAAGAUUUACCAGCAUUAAUAUAUGUUCGUGUAUCGGAAAAUCGAAUGGACCUUCUGAGGGCUGUAAUGAUUGGGCCUCAAGGAACACCCUACCAUGAUGGCCUUUUCUUCUUUGAUGCUCAAUUCCCCGCUUCUUAUCCUGCUACUCCCCCGGUGGUAUACUACCAUUCAGGAGGGCUAAGGCUCAAUCCAAAUUUAUAUGCUUGUGGAAAGGUCUGUCUUAGCCUGCUAGGCACCUGGCAGGGGUUUUCUUGUGAGAAAUGGAAUCCAGCUCAGUCAACCAUGCUUCAGGUCCUAAUCUCCAUUCAAGCUCUCGUGUUGAAUGAGAAGCCAUACUUUAAUGAGCCAGGAUACGAACGCUAUGCCAAUAGCCCUGAGGGACUGUGGUCUGCCUUGGAUUAUAAUGAUACAACAUUUCAGCACUCAUGCAGGACGAUGUUAUACUCACUUCGUAGACCUCCACAGCACUUUGAAGACCUUGUCGCGGGCCACUUCCGUGAACGCGGGCGCGCCAUUCUAGCUGCAUGCAAAUUCUACAUGGAGGGCCAUGAGGUUGGGUCCAAAGUCCCUGAGGAGGACGAGGACAAGAAAGAGAACCAAGAUGGGGAAGGAUCCAGCAGUAGCAGCGUGGCUUUGACGCAGCAGAAUAAGCCUGCAUUGCGCGCCAACCGUAAUGCAUCCUUCAAGCCCAACCUGGAGGUUCUGUUUGAGGAGCUCCUGAUGGAGUUCAAUGUGAAGGGUGCCGACACUGCAAAGUUCCGUGCACAGAAGUUGAAGAACCAGCAGGCGGCUGCUUGAACGGAAUGGUUCGAGCAGCGGAUUUCCUCUAACUUUUGAGGUUCCAUAAUGGAGUGGAAAGCCAAUGAAGCUGUUGGUUUCGCUUUUGCCUGACCAUAGGAAUGCUAUGUAGAUAGCUCUCCUUUCGUUCUCUUUAUGGUACAUGUCUAGCGUCGAGUUGAACUGAGAACAGUGGACGGUGUUAGAUGCUAGGUACUGAAGCAUCCACCCCUAAUUGUGGUGUGAUCUGAAAAUAGACCUCUUAUAUAAGUGGUAUCUACCCCGUUAAGCAUAACCAAUUCCUGUA